CACCCGAGACCAUGAAAGGGUUCUUUCCCCGAACUGUGCGAUCGAUACAGUUGUGUUAAUCUGCGUAUAAACCACAACUAUAUGCGUACCCCGCUUAAAGUCUACAGAAUCGGCGUAACGAUGUGCCUCUAGAACUUGGCAACCUUGGUUUAGUUAUCAUCAUCAGGACACCAACAACAUGUCAAAGCCUGUAUGGGUUUUAUUAUUAGCUAUUCAAUGUUGUCUCGUCGCAGAUGCAGUUGGCUCGAUAGGUGACAAGUCGCAGAUAUAUAAUCAAUGUCUGGCGUUAUGUCGCAACAGCAACUGCAAAGAUGAAAUAGUUUUUAAGGUACCACCAUCUUUAUGGUUAACUUUGUUAAAUUGGUCCUGCAAAGAAGAUUGUAGUUACAUUUGUACAUGGAGGACAGUUGAUUCUUUUAUAUCUCAUGGAUUAAAAGUGCCGCAAUUUCAUGGAAAAUGGCCAUUCAUCCGCAUGUUUGGAUGUCAGGAGCCUGCAUCCGUUUUAUUCUCAAUGUUAAAUUUCUAUGCCCAUUGGAAGAUGUUUCGAAAGUUUAAGAAACGGGUCGGCAAUACCAAUCCUAUGUUUUAUGCUUGGUCAUAUUUUAGCAUUAUAUGCUUGAAUGGAUGGUUUUGGUCCGCUAUAUUCCACUCACGAGACAGACCAUUUACAGAAGCGAUGGACUAUUCUUGUGCGUUUAGCAUGGUACUUACACUCUUAUACUGCAUGCUCUUAAGGAUAACAUAUAGAAACAAUAAAGUAUUUAUCAUGAUAACUUGUGGAUACGUGAGCAUCUUAUGCAUGCAUUUAUCGCAUUUAUGGUCGGGCAAAAUUAAUUACGGUUAUAAUAUGACGCUGAAUAUUCUGAUAGGAUUAGCAACUUUUACAGUAACAAUGUUAUGGUGGUACGUUAAUCGCGCUAAGUUAUUUUAUGCGUACUUAAUCGCUUGGUUCAACAUAUUGACCGUUUUCGUCACUCUGCUCGAAUUGGCAGACUUUCCGCCCAUUUUCUGGGUACUCGAUGCUCAUUCCUUAUGGCAUGCUAGUACAGUUCCUUUAACUCUACUACUAUAUAGGUUUAUGAUCUCAGACUGUUCCCAUCUGCAACAUAUUAUAAUAAAUCAUUCUUAGACAUUAACCAUAGGCAGUGAAAAAUUUUAUGUGGCUUAAUAUCAAAUCCGUAUUUCUUUCAAAAAAUUCAGGAUAAGAGCGAAAAUAUCAAUUUUAACUUGAACAGAUCUACUCCUUAGAUGUGAUUUCACGUUAAUAUAUAAUUAAUAUAUAAGUAUUAGUUUUGUGCCAUAUUUGUUACAUUUAAUAUAAAGGUAUUUAUUUUGCAUUUUAUAUAAAAAUUUUGUCUCUAAUGGAUAUUAAAUACGUGAAUUUAAUGUAUUUUACAUGUCUAAAAAGGAAUUAAGAAAUAUACACUUUUAACUUA